CAUUGAAAAUAUGUGAAGGGAGCCUAAGCCGUCUAGACGUGUGCCAAAUGAAAUCAAACAUCGUAAACUGAUUCCGCGGCAUAUUGAUUUUAUAUCAUCAAAAAAAGAGGCAGGUUAUACUGGAAUUCCAUUAAAUCACUUCGUGCGUGCUGCGAUGCGUGUGGUGCUCAGAUGGUUCGAUGGCUCAGUGGUUCGGUGGUUGUCACGCUUCGACAGUCUGCCAAUAUCUGGUUCUGGCUCGACUUUUAGUCCUUUCACGACUUCCAUUCAAGAUGCGUGCCCAAAAGCUGAAUGCCCAGGAGCGCGAAAAACUGCGUCGCCAACGCUCCGAAACUCGCCUAAUUGUGGCACGAUGCAAUGAGCUAGGUUUCGACUAUGUUGUGAAUGCCCCGGAAGCGCCCACGGUGGGCUUCCUUCGAAAAAUUCGCAGGGGACCCGAAUCUGAGUAUGUCAGAGAUAGCUUUAGAUGCUGCACCUUGGAGCUGCCCUCCCCGGGUCCGGCCCACUACGACAUCCCAAGUACUGUUGGCUUUAAGUAUCCUUCGAAAGCUGGUUUCUCCGCUUUUGCCAAUAAAAUGCCACGUCUACCCCCAUUCCGGGAACUUGGUUAUCCCCCGAUAGGAUCCUAUGCCACCGACUUUAAAGGAACUCAGUACUACUUCACCUUCAAAAAAGAGGUUAAGCUGGAACCGAAAUGGCAAACUCCCGGUCCCUCCACCUACACGCAUCAUCUGAAAUAUCCGCCGUGGAACGUGGAGACAGCUUUCGGCUCCAAGAGGCUCAUCUGGCCUGCGGUGGCCGUGUUCUGUACGCCGUACAAUAACGCCAAGUGUUCGGUUUGCGAGCUGGUGCCAGUGGGUGACUAUUUCCAUAACUUCAGUACGGAUGCGGACAUGUGCCGUCCGUGCAUGCACGUCGCGGUGGCUGCCAUCAAAAAGUGCAAUCUCCAGGUGACGGAGCGAUUCCUGAGGCAGCAGAAAAUCAAGCAGUUCAUCCCCGCUCGCUAUUGUGGAUUUUUUCACAUCCAUGACGGUACCAAUGCCACCAUUGAACGGGACUCCCGGAAGGUUUUGCGCCAAAAGAUUCGCGUUGAAAAUUAUCUGUAUCGUGUUAAUGCCAAGGUGGAAUAUUAACGAAAAACUACCUUCAUAAAGCCACCAACUUCAUGUGCAGAAAAUGUGAAAUUUCUAGAAUAUUAAACUUGAAAUUAGAAUGCA